GAUAAAGAAAAAGUAAAAAGAAAAUCACGAAUCUGACUGCAGGUGUUCGAAUUUCAAUAGAAUUUAAAACGAAAACCAUCAACAUAUCAUAAUUUAUCUUUGAAGGAACAGUUAUCAGACGAAAUGGCACUAAUGGACAUAGAGCUAAAGAAGGCCUUCACUGAAAUGCAGAUCAACAAACUGGAAACCACUAAGAAGAUCAACAUGAUCGACAUGAAGUGCGACAUGGUCAAAACGGGCAAACACAAGUACCAGCUUACUGAGAAGGGCACUGACAGUCUUUCCGAACACACAAGAGUUUACCAGUCCGUUGGCCGCAUGUUCCUGCUGACCAACGUGCAGUACAUGCGCGAAGAUCUAAAGGCCAAACAAGAGAAGUGCGAAAAGGCGAUAGAACUACUAGAAAAAAAGAAGGCCUUCCUACAGAAGUCCCUCAAGGAUCAAGAAGACGGACUGCGUGAACUGGUGCAGCAGCGUAAGGAGGCCGACCUGGUUGCGAAGUAAACUCCAACUCAGCAUUUAUACCUCAAUGCAGUUGCAUAUUUAUUUUCAAUAUAUUCGUCUAAAUUGAUAUUAGCGUAGCUUA